UAGUGCUCAGGAGUGAUGGGGGGAGAGUUCUAUACAUCAGCACAUUCGAACGUGCUGGACUCCAGACGCUGUGAAGAAGGAGAGCUGGCCGAGAAGCAGCCAAAUAGGAAAAGGCCCAUCUUCCACUGUGGAGGCCACCUGGUCACAGACUCGGGCAUCGUGGCCAGUGAAGGAUUCCCCAGCCACUACAAACCCAACAGUAAAUGCAUCUGGUACAUCACUGUCCCAGAGGGCCACGUGGUCAUGCUGUCUUUCCGCCUCUUCGACAUGGAGGCUGACCCCACCUGUCGGUACGACUACCUGGACGUCUACAAUGGUCACUCCCGCUUGGUACAGAAGCUGGGUCGUUUUUGUGGGACGUUUCGGCCCGGCGCCCUCAUCUCCACCUCCAACACCAUGAUGUUAGAGAUGGUGUCAGAUGACGGCACUGGAGGGAGAGGCUUUCUGGCUUCCUUCAGCGCAGGGAAGCCACAUAUGGAAGAGAACCAGUUCUGUGGAGGACGCCUGACCAAAUCGCAGGGCUCUGUCAAGACGCCCAACUGGCCCAACUCUAAUUACCCAGCAGGCAUCAGCUGCUCCUGGCACAUAUCUGUAGAACCGAGCAAUGUGAUUGAGGUGAAGUUUGAGAAGCUGGACUUGGAGCCUGACACAUACUGUCGCUACGAUUAUGUGGCAUUGUUUAAUGGAGGAGAGAGGGAUAACUCGCGGAGGAUUGGAAGAUUCUGCGGAGACAGGCCACCAGGAAUUAUAGUGACAAAUGGGAACGAGCUCCUUGUCCAGUUUGUCUCAGACCUCAGCGUGACCUCAGAUGGCUUCAUGGCCUACUACUCUAGUGUGCCUCGAGGGUCUCGGACGCCCACCGCUGGGGGAGACUUCAUCUAUGGGCCUCAGACCACCUCAACGCCACAACAAAUAGCCGUGAAGCCAAGCAAACCCACCAAACCAACCCUGAAACUGCCUAAACCCACCCCCAAACCAGCCAAGAAACCACUGGUGAAGAUAUCUCUGAGCACGCUUCCACUCAAGCCAACUAAAUCCAAAACAGCUAAACCCGCACCAGCUAAACCCGCACCAGCUAAACCCGCACCAGCUAAACCCGCACCAGCUAAACCUGCACCAGCUAAACCCGCACCAGCUAAACCCACACCUAAAGCACCUGUGAAAAAGCCUGCACCUAAACCUGGAUUUAAACCUGGAGCUAAAUCUACACCCAAACCUAAGAUUAUUAAGCCAACGCUCAAACCAAGCAUCAAGGCUAAACCCACACGGAAACCUGCACCGAAGACCAAGCCCACCUUAAAACCUAUUGUCAAACCAGUAAGGCCAACCUCUAAGAGCGGAGUUAAACCAACAGCCAAACCGAAGUUUAAGCCUACAGUGACAACCAAACCUGGAGUAAGCAAGACAGUGACGAAGAAGCCUGUUGUGAGCAAGAAACCUUUACCUCUGAACCCACUGUGCACACGAGCCUGUAACAGGACAGGAACUCUCCAAUCCAACUUUUGCCCUCAUGACUUCGUGAUUACGGGUAAGGUUACAGCUUUGACCCCUGGUCUGAGGGGCACAGUGACAGUUGAAGUGUUCCUAAUCAAGACCUAUAAGGCAGGACGCCUGAAUAUCACCAAAUCAGGACCCGUCCUGUCUGUCACACUGACCUCAACCUGCAAGAGAUGCCCCGGGCUAAUCAAAGGCCAGAACUACGUGCUGAUGGGAAAAGUCGAUGCACAGGGCAAUGGCCUACUCAGCCCCUCCAGCUUCACUCUCCUCUACAAGCCCAUCCAUACCAAAGCACUGGCCAACCUCGCUCGCAAACCGUGCUGACAUCACAGCCCAGCCCUCCAAUCAGAUUGACAGCCGUGACUAUCUCUCUGAAAACAUGUAACUUUGCAUAAAGAGUGAAAAUAUUAUUAGUAUCCAAACAUAAUUUUUUACAUGAUGUAAUACAGUUGUGAAAACAGUUGUGAAAGAGUAAACAUACAUUAUUAUUUGUUUUUUGUAUGUAAAUUAUAAUAUUUCUGUGAUAAAAGACGCACAUCAAUAAACGUGACUCUGGUGCUUGGGGUGAUUUUAA